AUGAGCAAAUUAGAUGAAAACGAAGUUCGGAAACUCCUUGAAGAGAAAGGAUAUAAAAAUAUUCCACCAGAAACAUUAAAAGAGUUUAUGCUUUCUCUAAAUGAAGAAGACGAAGCCGAAUCUGGAGAACUUGACGUUGAAGAAGAAGAAAUUCAUGAAUAUAGACCACUUAAAAAGCCACCUUUGAAGAAAUCUGCCCUACCUGCACGUCGUGAACCUAUUAAAAAAUCAAAUAAAUCUCCUCCAAAACCAUCAAUUAAAGCUGCAGCCUUUGAAGACGAUGAUGAUGAACCAGCACCUAUAAGAAAUGCUAGCUCUAACGCAAGUCCAAAAAGAGAAUCUCAUAAAAGGGCAAGUCCUGUAAGAUCAUCAAAGCCAAAGCAAAUAGACGAUGAUGAAACAGAAAAAUGGACUAAAAGAAUUCAAGAACUCAGAAAUAAGGCAGAUCAGCUUGAUCAGAGUCUUCAAGAAUGUAGAGAUAUUAUCAUGGCUGAUCCGCCUGAAGAUGACGGUGCAGAAGUUGAUGUUCCAAUGUAUUUUGGAACUUCUGAAAGAAAACUAGAUCCAUAUCCAGCAGUAAAGAAAGAAUUAGUCGGCGGAUUUAUUAGACCACCUCCAAUUAAACCAAGCAAAAGGAAAGGACCACCUGUUCCUAAGAAAGGAAGAAGAUUGUUGUAUGAAGAAAGAUUCCCGGACUAUGUUCCGCCACCAGAGAGAAGACGUGACAAUCUAAGAUGGAGUAUCAGGCAAAAGCUUGCAUAUAGCGACCCAGCUUACCACUAA